UUGUGACAAAUUCCAUUAUCUGAACUUGAUAAGCCGAACCCUGAUUAAAAUUUAGAUAGUCCCUUCACUGAAACAGCUCCCUACUCUACGCAAUCAUUCUCGUGUUCGAUCCUCUCUCUGUCUCUUCCGGUGGCAGGCACAGAUCUCUUCUUUCGUGUUUUAUGUAGAUAGUGAGCUUCUCUGUGGUAGAUGAUUUGUGUAUAUACAUCUAUGAAUAAGCCUUAGAAUUUACCUUCUUUUUGUGAAAGAUUUGACGGGUGCAAAGUGGUUUGUAAGAUGGAGGAUAGGAAAUCUGUAUAAAUAUAUUUUGUGGGCAGAGAGAAACAUGGAUUUGCAGGGUAAUGUUCAGGCUGAAAAUGGAAGAUUCGAACAAAUAGUUAAUCAGUUUCUUUUGAAAAGCUUGCAUAUCAUAUUGGACUCUAGGGUUCCUUCAAUUCGUCCAUAUGGUCGCAGUCGUGAUCUGUUGUCAGGCACUCCUGUGAAGAAACUCGACAGAUGGUUCAGCUUAUAUCUUGGAGAUCGUCCUCCUGCUUUAGAUAAUUUGAGUUUCUGGCAAAAAAAUUUAACGGAACCGAUGAUAAUAGACGUAUUACUUGUUCAAGAAGUGCCUGAUUAUUCAUCUGAGCACAAUCCAACCUCUUUGUUGGGAUCGGGGAAUUGUUUUGAGACUGUCAUAGAAAGAUGGGUUGUUCAAUAUGAGUAUAUCAGGACAGCGUUUCCUCAAGUUGGCGACUUUUCAGCCUCUUACAAGAAAACAUAUAAGAAAUCAAUCAUACUUUUGCGUUCCCUUUAUUCAAUGAUGAGGCUUCUUCCUGCAUAUCGGGCAUUUCGAAAGCUAUGCUCACCAAGUCAAGCUUCUGAUUUUGGUAUGAACUACAAGCUUUCUUCAUUUAGUGCUCCAUUUUUGAGGGCAGAGGAGGAAGUGAUGAAGCAGUAUAGUUUCCCUCCUGUAGAUGCCCCACAAGGUCGCCUUUCCAUAUCUGUGACUUAUCGUGAGAGUUUGUCCAAUUUCAACCUUGAGACUUCUACCUCAUUCCCACCACAGAUUAUUACAGACUAUGUUGGUAGCCCUGCCACCGAUCCUUUUAGGUCUUUACCCUCUUCAGAGAAGGGUUUCAGUGCUACAUCCUUUCCAUCAAGAGGGGGACGAUCACCUUCUUCAACACCAUUUCAACGUCCUCAAAGCUGGACAAGUGGCCUCCAUAGGAUGUCUCCUUUAAUGCAACCCCUCAGUGGAGGAUCUCCACCCUUGCAUCGCACAUCAACUAUGCCACAUGAUUAUUCUUCAUCCCCUCCUGAUACAUAUGGUCAUCGGAUUCAAAACUAUAGGUUGCCAACUCAUCAUAAGACAACCAGUUUUGAUGAGCACCAGCUUUCACCUCCAUUCUCACAAUCUCCUUCUCCAUCACCCCCACCAUAUCUUUCUGGUGGUAAUCCUAUGCAAACCCGUCUGCGUUCAGAGACUGCCCCUGUUAGUAUCCCACACCCAAUGAUGGGCAGAAGCCCUAGAUACCUUUCACCCAAUUUGUCUGAUCCAAAUAGACAUUCACUCCCACCUUUUUCUCCCAGAUGCACAAAGCCCGAUCUAUCAUUACAGGAUUCCCCGUCUGGAAUACGGUUGCCAAAGAAAUCAGACUCAUCAAGAGCUUUGGAUUUGAAUUCUGGGACGGCAAACCAAUUUUCUAGCCAAAAGGUGUUAAGAGAUAGCAAAGAUGAUUCAGGUCGUUUCUCAGGUUUGCUAUCUUCAAGUGGCUCUCCACGCAUUGGAUUUUCAAGAAGCUCUAGUAGAUUAUCUUUCCAGGAUGAUUUGGAUGAUUGUGACUUCUCAUGCCCUUUUAUUGUUGAUGAUGUUGAUACGUCAGAUUCCCUCGCCAGUCAGAAUGUUGAUGGGAAAAAAGGUUCAGAGUUCACCACACAAGCAUUCUCAAUGGGUAGAAAAUCACAAGAUGCAGCUGUUGGUGCCCUUGUUCAUAUGUUGAGGACAGCACCACCACUGCGCCAAGAUUCAAGCUGUUACUCAUCUCGUUCCUCAAAGACUGAACUCGAGGGAGAAGUUGGUGCAGCUUCUGGGUUCUUUUUGGCUCGGAAGACUUCAGAUGCCUUGGAGGAGCUCAGGGGUUACAGAGAAAUGAAAGACCUCCUUCUCUCCAAAAGUGGGACUCCGGUGGCUGGCAAAGAAGAAGCCUAACCCUGCUGCUUGCUUGGUGUAAUUUUGUUUUGAAACACAAUAUUAAGAUUUCUGCUUAAUGGUUCUUUAUCACGACAUUUAGUUUAACAUGUGUACAGCAACAUUUUUUAAUGUUUACUCUUUAAUUUUUGCGCAAGGCCUAACAGAUCAUGUACAUUAAAUGAAUAGAAAUCAAUUACUAUGAGACCAAUUUACUGUC